CCUCCUCCCCCCUCGGCUUCAAAACAAACCGUCACCAAAAUGGUGCAGAGGUGAAGGAGGGAGCGGGAGGAAGGGGAAGAGGUGGCGGCUCGGCCUGAGCGCUGCGGGGACAGUUGGAUUGAGGAGCGGUGGCUGCAGCUCAUCCCUGGCAGGAGCUGAAGAUGCAGGAGUUUGCGUAGCAGGUUUCUGAGCAGCUGCUGACGUCUCAGCCCCGCUGGAUCUGGCCGCGCACGACAGUACCAUGAACUGAGCACAGAGCCACUCAAAACUUUUUUUUUUUUGUUUUGGCUUUUUUGGGUUUGUUUUCCAUCCGAGAAAAAAGCCCCCCACGCACCCUUUAAUGAAAGCAUUUUAAAGUGGGGUCACUCCUCCCCUCCCCUGAGCCGAAGUCGUCCCGGGUGCGGUGAGGAUUUCCGGAGAAGAUGGGGAGAAAAAAGAUCCAGAUCCAGCGGAUCACGGACGAGCGCAACCGGCAGGUGACAUUCACCAAGCGCAAGUUCGGCUUGAUGAAGAAAGCCUACGAGCUGAGUGUCCUGUGUGACUGUGAGAUUGCCCUCAUCAUCUUCAACCACUCCAACAAGCUGUUCCAGUAUGCCAGCACCGACAUGGACAAGGUGCUGCUCAAGUACACCGAGUACAACGAGCCCCACGAGAGCCGGACCAACGCAGACAUCAUCGAGACGUUAAGAAAGAAAGGUUUUAACGGCUGUGACAGCCCAGAGCCCGACGGCGACGACUCCAUAGACCAGAGCCCCUUGAUGGAGGAUAAAUACCGUAAAGGCAGCGAGGAUCUGGAUAUCCUGUUCAAGAGAUAUGGUUCCACAGUGCCCGCUCCGAACUUCGCCAUGCCCGUGACGGUGCCGGUGACCAACCAAAACACGCUGCAGUUCAGCAACCCUGGCAGCUCUCUGGUGACCCAGUCCCUGGUGACCUCCUCUCUGACAGACCCCCGGCUCCUGUCGCCGCAGCAGCCGGCGCUGCAGAGGAACACGGUGUCCCCAGGGCUGCCGCAGCGGCCAGCCAGUGCAGGGGCAAUGCUUGGGGGAGACCUGAACAACACAAAUGGAGCCUGCCCAAGCCCUGUGGGAAAUGGCUAUGUGAGUGCCAGAGCCUCUCCAGGUCUCCUUCCCGUGUCCAAUGGCAGCAGCCUGGGCAAGAUCAUCCCGGCCAAGUCCCCACCGCCGCCCUCGCACGGCACGCAGCUCGCCGCCAACAGCCGCAAGCCAGACCUGCGUGUGAUCACCUCGCAGAGCGGGAAGGGGCUGAUGCAUCACCUGACCGAGGACCACUUGGCUCUGCAAAACACACAGCGGUUGGGUGUCUCUCAAGCAACUCACUCUCUGACCACACCGGUUGUUUCCGUGGCCACUCCAAGUUUGCUGACGCAGGGGCUGCCCUUCUCAGCCAUGCCCACAGCGUACAACACAGAUUAUCAGCUGACGAGCGCUGAGCUGUCCUCGCUGCCAGCAUUCAGCUCACCUGGAGGGCUGUCCCUGGGCAACAUCUCUGCCUGGCAGCAGCAGCAGCAACAGCAGCAGCAACAGCAGCAACAGCAACAACAGCAACAACAACAGCAGCAACAGCAGCAGCAGCAACAGCCUCAGCCACAGCAGCAGCCACAGCAGCAGCACCUGGUCCCGGUGUCACUAGGAAACUUAAUACAAGGGAGUCACUUGUCCCACACCACCACUUUGACUGUCAACACCAACCCCAACAUCAGCAUCAAGUCGGAGCCCGUGUCACCUAACCGGGAGAGGAACACUGCCACCCCGCUCAGCACCUUCCCCCACCAGCCCCGCCACGAGCCCACCGGCCGCUCGCCCGUCGACAGCCUCAGCAGCAACACCAGCUCCUACGAGGGCAGCAGCGAGCGGGACGAUCCCUCCCGCCCCGAUUUUGGCUCAUCCCUGGGCCUCCUGCGAGCCACCAGCGAGCCCGAGGGGGAGAGCCCCUCCGUAAAGCGCAUGCGGUUGGAUACCUGGGUCACAUAACGGGGUCCUGCCAUCCCUGGGAGCUCCAGCAGGGCCGUGGGGAGGGGCUGGGAGG